CUUGACUACACCACAUCUCCAACCCCACACACGCUCUGAAUUCCCAUCCAUCGGAGCUGUUGUGCAUCUUCUCUACCCUCUUCUCUGCAACUUUAUCUUCUUUUUCGACCUUUCGCUUCGUUAUUCCGCCAUUCGCGACUGCGUUUUCGACCCAGAUUACCCUUCUCCACGCCGACGUCACCUCAUUCGUCAACGCGAAUCAUCCAUCCACCUCGACCACACCCCCCCCGGAACCCCCAAUCACGAUCGACGAGCCCGACAUCUCCUUCAAUGAUUGCACUGUAACACGCAUCUGGGCAUCAAUCAGAAAGUGGGAGAAUAGUGUCGUGACAUCCUCUUCGGCCUGCUGCGGACCGGUAGCCGCCCAAUUCGGCCAUCAUGGCGCCGGUCGUGACAGCGGUCCAUCCGCCUUCUGUCGCGUCCAAAGUCAAGCGUCCUGUGCCCCCCGGCAUCCAGACCAAUGGAGCAAGCUCUGCCCGAUCAUCGCCAUCACCAUCGAUGUCGACCAAGAAGCCUCCGAAUGCUGCGACGGCGAACGGUGUGAACCCUCAAUCGGCGCGACCCACAAAUCGCACCCGUCGCGAGCCUUCAACCCAGGCCGGUCGCAUCUCUAGGAACAGCGUAGGAUUGCGGUCAGCGUCGCUCGCGGCUGAUAUGGCUUCCGUCCAGUUUGUAGAGCCGCCGCCGUACAUCGUGACCGACGAAUAUAUCCUGAAGAAGUACUCGGGCAACCCUCCGUCUCUGGUAGUUCACAUGCACCCGACCCAUUUUCGGUUCGACCAGCAGGAUGGCAUCUUUCCAUACAAGUCUCCUAUGCGGCUCUUUCUGGAGCACCUGCGCAUGCGAACUGUUCCUCACGACCUCCUCGAAUACUUCUCCCAGGCCGGCGUGCCUUUCUACGAGGGCUGCCUGAUCGUCCAGGUGCAUGACCACAAGUCGGUGGCACAGACCAAGGACAUCCAGCGACCGACUUCGGCAUCGAGCAAAGUGGUACCCUCGUCCAUCCAUAACCACAACCCAUAUAUCGUGCCUUCGCCGUAUGUGCCUUAUCCCAAAGAGUCGACAGGGUCCCACCCAGAUGGUCCGGCCGCAAACCAAGAGGACACGAAGCCGAAGACGGCGGAGGAGAAGGACAAAGCAAGCAUGCCAGCCCCGAGCUUGCCAGGUGAGGGGCAGAAGAACAGAGGCCCCCAAAAGUCAAAGACAUUUACAGUGGUUCUGCACCCUACGCCUGAAAGCCUGCAGGCUGAUCUGCAGAUUAAGGCUGCGACUCCCCACGGCGUAGUCGACGCGCGUGGUAAUGCUGAUGGCAUGGUACCUCCUUCCACCCCGAUAUCGAUGGUCCCACCUACUCCUACCGCGGGUAGCAUGCCCCCUCCCGCCAAGAAGCUGAAGCGUGAGCGUAUGGAGCUCGAUGGAAGCAACAUUCACAUUGCAGAGUCGCAGAUCCUCCUUGCCACCAACGCUCGACUGUUUUUAGAGCCGACGAGGGACGCGGAAGAGACGAUGACCCUUCUCGACCUUCUCGCCCAUCCCAAGCACUCGGACUCGCCUCCUCAGCCCAAGACGAGGAAGAGAACGGUGGCGGAGAUGGCUGCCGACGAGGCCGCUGCGGCCGACCAAGAAAGAUACAUGCUUACCUUGGACGAGCGUCUUUCUUCUGCCGCCAACGGCGCACAAGGCGGAGCCAGCGGAGCCGACAAGGAAGGCCCAGCCGUGGUUUCCACCUUUGAGCCAAGGUUCGAGCGCUUUAAGGUGAUCGCUGAUAUCAAGAGGGAGCACGACGAGAGAAAAGAACAGGAAAAGGUCAAGGCGGCCGAGGCCGAGCGCAAACUCGCGCAGGAGAAGCAGAAGCAGUUGCAAGAACAACAAGCUGUCAUCGCGGCCCAACGGCAAGCAGAAGCGGAGAAGAUGCGGCGCGAGCAUCAAAUGGCACAAGAAAUCAAGGCUCGCCAGGAGCAGCAACAACAGAGGGAGCAACAGAGACGGGUUAUGGCCGCACAAGCCGCUGCAAGCCAGGCUGCCCAGACCAGCCAGAACGCGGCGGCAAAUAUGGCACAACAACAACAGGCGAACGGUGCCAUGCCCAAUGGCACAUCUGGCGUUGUUGCAAGCGGCGUACCAGCCCAGGCGCAGUCUCGCUUGGCUCAAGUCUCUCAGCCCACGGUGUCGUCGCCCAUUGUUCGCCAAGGGACGCCUCACAGCAUGUCUUCCCCCAUGCCUGGCGCUGUGCCCAUGCAGCAGUCCAACUCCCAAAUGGCCAACAGCCCUCCACGCCCUCCGUCCGCAGUUCCCGGCCACCCAGCCAACGUUGGCGGCGUUCCCAUGUCUCACAGCAUGUCAGCCCGCGCAAGCCAACAGAGCCACCAGGCCGGCACGCCACGCAUGCAUCAUGGAACACCUACUAUGCAGGGAACACCAGGCUCACGUCCGGCCGUGGCGGUUACUCCUCGCAUGAACCAGGCUAGCCCGCCGCCCAACAUGAUGGCAUCGAACUCUCAGAUGGGUCAGCACAUGAUGAUGGGCACCCCGGGAUCCAUGCCUCAGGCCGUGCAUAACCCCAAUCUGAUCGCAGCGCAGGUCGCCCAACAACAACGAGCUAUUCAGCAGCAGCAGAUGGCGGCGGCUAUGCAAAACGGCAUGGGCAACAUGAUGAACGGCAACAUGAACGCGCAACAGAUGACACCGCAGCAGCAGCAGCAGUACAUGCAGCAGCAGAUGCAGCAUAGAAUGAUGAUGCAGCAGCAGCAGCAACAACAACAGCAACAACAGCAGCAGCAGCAGCAGCAGCAGCGCGGUAACAUGGGCAACAUGGGCAACAUGAUGAACCAGCAACUGGCGCAGCGGUACGCCCAGCAACUCAGCCAAAUGGGCGCCAACCAGAUGAAUGGCGGGCAGAUGACGCCGCAAAUGCAAGCUCAGCUCCAGGCGCAGAUCCAGGCGCAGAUGGGCAACCCGAUGCAGCGUCAGAUGGGCGCAGGUCAGAACAUGAUGAACGGCCAAAACAUGAACAUGCAGGCCAUGAUGCAGAUGCAGCAGCAGCAGGCGAUGAACAAUAACAGUGCUCUCGCCAACCAGGUUAAGAUCCAGGGACAGGCGAUAUACAACAAACAGAUCUCCGUUCUGGCUGCCAAGUGGGGUGGCGCGGUUGAGAACAUUCCGCCCGACCAGAUGGAUUCGUUCAAGAGAAGCUGUAUGAUCGAGGCUAAGACCCAGAUACAGGCCGUUCUUGCACAACGCAGGGCUCAGCAGGUGGUGUUGCAGCAACAGCACCUCCAACAACACCAGCAACAACAGCAGAUGCAAGGCAUGGGCGGUAUGAUGGGUCCCCACGGAAUGUAGGAUGGUUCGUGGCCUAUGGUAUUCAAGACCUUACAUCACCAGCACAGCUGUGGCCGGCAUAUCUGGAGAUGUGCCGAGAAUGGAAGUCAGGCAGAGGGGUGGGAUUGACGAUGAAUCAACAACGGCGCGAAAGGGGGAUGGGAGAGGGAGAGAAGUUCGGUUGUGAGCGUCUUUUUUCACAUUUGGCGUCUGGGAUGGUCCAGGGGACGGACUGGCUCGUUUUUGAUCUCACAUGAUCUUAUAUACCCCUACGAAGGCGCAUCUACCUUGUGCUCCAAGGUGCGGUUAGGGAUGGGACGGCAACUGCUUUUUUCCCCUUUCUCAUUAUAUUUUUACGGCUGAUGGAUCUGGGGGGGGCGAGAAGCAGGAA